GUACCAUUUCAAGAAAACUGAUCUAAUUGGGAAUAUGACAUUCAUAAAUAGACUUGGACAUGGCCCCGUCGUUCCUGUUGUCCUUGACUGGGCAAUACGGGAUGGAACAUGCCCGUCGGCGCCAGAGGGUGACAACAGUGAGAAUGUUCCCUGCGCAUGUGUUAGCGCCCAGAGCUAUUGCGUAAAUGCCAGCAAUGGAGCACGCGGCUAUUUCUGCAGAUGUUCUAAGGGAUACAGUGGCAACCCAUACAUUAAAAAUGGAUGCACAAAUAUUAACGAGUGUGAGCUACGGAGAUCCCCAAACUCAACAAUUUACAAGAACAUGUAUCCUUGUCAUGGAGGGAGAUGUCACGAUAGAGAAGGUGACUAUGAGUGUAAAUGCAAUUUCGGACGAAGAGGUGAUGGUAAAAGCCAGAAGGGUUGUGAACUUGUAGUGUCCACGACUGCUGUAGCGGUGAUAGGAACAAUUGGUGCCAUUGCAUUACUCGCCGUGCUACUGAUAUUCUUACAUAUGGAGAACGAGAAAAGAAAACUGAGAGAUUGUUUCAACAAAAACGGCGGACAAUUACUCAAAAGCCUCAAGGUCGAGAUCUUCACAAAGGAAAAGCUAGACCACAUCACAAAUAACUAUCGCUGCAUAAUCGGCCAAGGCGCCUUCGGCAAGGUCUACAAGGGAGCCACGGGUACCAGAGACAAUGUACGGGUUGCCGUGAAAUGCUCGAUCCCCAUCAACCAGGACUGGAAGAAGGAGUCUUUUGCGAAUGAGAUCACAAUCCAGUCCAAUAUCAGCCACCGGAACCUGGUCCAACUGUUGGGUUGCUGCUUGGAGACGGAGGUGCCCAUGCUGGUCUACGAGUACGUGCCCAGGGGGAGCCUCCACGACGUACUCCACGGUGACAAUAAGGAACCUCUCCCGCUGGAAACACGCCUGGAUAUCGCUAUCUAUUCAGCAGUUGCGCUCGUUUACAUGCACUCGGAGGCGAGUCAGACAUCAAUCAUCCUCCACGGAGAUGUGAAGUCGGGCAACAUCCUCCUGGACGACGGGUUCACGCCCAAGGUGUCGGACUUCGGGACGUCGAGGCUCAUGUCCAUCGACAAGGACCACACCAACUGGGUGGUCGGGGACAGCAGCUACAUCGACCCCGUGUACAUGAAGACCGGGCUGCUCACCGAGAAAAGUGACGUGUACAGCUUCGGCAUCGUACUACUGGAGCUCCUGACCCGGAAAAAAGCAAGGUAUGACGGGAACCAUAGCCUGCCACUGGAUUAUGUCAAGGCUUCCAUGGGUGGGGCGGUGAGGGAGAUGUUUGAUCCAGAGGUUGCGUCUGGUGGGAAGGAAAAUGAGGAGUGCCUUGAGGAGGUGGGCAAGAUCGCGGUGCAGUGUCUCAAGGAGGAUGUGAACGACAGGCCCACCAUGAGUGAAGUGGCUGAGAGACUUAAAAUGUGCAAGUGCCGGUGGUUGGAGUCUGGCAGGAAGACGAAUGAGAUAUGCACUUAGUUACUGUCAGAAAAAAGUACUACUCCUAUCUACUUAAGAUUUUUUUUACAGUUGACUUGUACUUUGAGUAAUUAGCUAGCAUGCUCGCGUGUAUCCCCGAGUUGAACUUUGUUUCGUGUUGUAUAAUUAUUUUUUCUUUUUGUAGAUGUGGUAUAGUUUUAAUCAACUAGUGCAUUAUAAUAGUAUCUUGCUAGCGGAAAAAGUUAUUUCACUGACAUUCCAA